GCUCACGAUAUGAUGUUUGUUGAUUCUGAGAAAUUUGUGCGUGAGGGUCUGAGUGAUCGUAGCUCGAUUUCGGAAUCGGAUUUGGAGUGUAGUUGUCAAUUUGUGAGUUGGGAAGCUUCGGAGUCGUGAAUCAUGACAACCGCCGCGCGGCCUACAUGGGCCCCUGCGAAGGGAGGGUCGGAGCAGGGAGGAGUGCGCAUGUUUGGGCCCUCUCAGAAAUUUUCGUCGCGGGACCUUGCUUCUCAUACGCAGCUGAAGCUCAGGAAGGAUGGACAAGACACCACAGAGGAAAUUAGAAGGAGGGACCUCAGGGCAGAGCUCGAGGACCGCGAGCACCGACAUUUUUCCUCAAAGGAAAAGAGCUACGACGAUAGAGAUCGCAGGAAGGGAUCUACUGCUGGGUAUCUGGAUGGUUCAAAGAGAGACACUGAAGAGAGGUCAGAGCGGGCGGCUAUAAAGAACGUAGAUGCUGACGAUUCUGAUGUGGAGGUUCCAAGUGACAGUGAUGAAAGUGAUGAUGAAGAUGAUACUGCAGAACUUCUUGCGGAGCUAGAACGUAUUAAGAAGGAGCGAGCAGAAGAAAAGUUGCGCAAGGAGCGGCAGCUGCAAGAGGAGGAAAUGAAAGCGAAGGAAUCUGAGCUUAUUCGGGGCAACCCUUUGCUCAAUUCCACAGGGUCAUUUGCUGUCAAACGCAGGUGGGACGAUGAUGUUGUGUUUAAAAAUCAAGCACGUGGGGAGCCGAAGCCAGUCAAACGCUUCAUCAAUGACACAAUCCGAAAUGACUUCCAUCGCAAGUUCUUAAAUAAGUAUAUGAAGUAGAUUCGCUAUGUAAAUACGAUAUGUAAUGUCUCAUCUCAAACUUUGUGGGAAGAUCCUUUUUUUUUUUUUUUUUUUUUUUUUUUUUUUUUUUUGUUUUUUUGUUUUUUUGCUACGGCAAUAGGACAUAAGUGAGUUGAUAGCAAAUACUUUUGACUUAGAUUGGAUAACUUCGUUUAAUUUGAGAAUUGAAACAGAAAAUCUUUCCAAAUCUGCCGUAGUUGCAUUUUAUUUCAAGAGUUUGAAGGUCUAUCUUUACCUCCGUCCUCACUACCUUUCUUUGUGUUGUGUAACUAUUGGAACUAUCCUCGAACAAUUGCAAACA